AUGGGUGACUACUGGAAAUGGGACGGCAUGCCAACUGUCACCUGGGAUAUAGAUGGGAACCCCCAUCCUAUAACAUACAAUUCUCAACCAACAUACACAGACGAAAGCAACAAGUAUGCAACUACAUAUUACCAUACUACACCUACAACAGAAAUCCAGCAGUCCAAGUCCACAGACGAUGCAACGGCUACGCACCAAUCUCUAACCACAACUGCACAUCAGUCCACAACUACGACCACCAUCUCAGCAACAACCAGUGACUCGACACUACCAACCGAGGCCUUUUCUGCUGAUACCGGAGGAGCAGGGUUGCCCACAAAAACUAAGGUUGCCAUAGCCGUACCUGUUUCCUUGGUAGGAGCGGCUAUUCUAUUCGCAUUGCUGUUCGUCUUUCUCAGACGUCGGAAAAAGAGCCGCCAUGCCCAGUCAAGACCCUACGUUGAUUUAGGCUCAACAGGCAUGAAUGUACCGUCACAUACUGCAAUCGCUUGGGCCUCCAGAUCCCCUGUUGCGCCAUCCUUUCCCGAAUCGACACACCGCCAAUCUGUGACACAGAGCAAUCAUACUUCCCUACAUGAUAUCAAUACGCAGGCUAGAAGCCAACAUGCACAGGUCUCAGAUAUUGGAGCCGGAUUCACCAAUUCAGAUAGGAACGGUAGAAUUGCAGGGAACCAUGAGCGGAAUAGCAGUAUAAGCGAGCAGCAAAUGUUGAGAGAUGAUAGUCCUCGGUCACCAUUCGACACUGCAUUGGAUGAUGCCGUGUCAGAGAUCUCGAGAGGAAGUGGGAGGCGAAUCCAUGGGCAUUAUCGGGGCCUUAGUGAUAGAUCGUCUGUCUCGUCUUUUAGUGGUGAUGAGCGUGAACACGGGCGCUCACGAGGAUAA